AUGAUUUUUAUUGCGUGGUACUUACUUCCAUUUUUAAUUGAAGUGACAAAUUCACAAAUUGAAUCAUUUCGACCAAAAGAACGAAUUUAUCAUACGUCCACAUUUAUAAAUAACAAAUUAUAUAUUUUGGGUGGAAACAGCAUAUCUACAAAUGCGACAAUAAAUGAAAUCGUUGGGAAAGAAUUUUUUUAUCUUGAAUUUUCUAAAACGUUUAACACAAUUAUAAUAAAUUCAUUAUGGCAAGAUUUAACAAAAAUUAACACGGUUCCAUCACAUUGGGCGGCUGCAUCCGCUAAAGGUGGUAUAAAUAAUGAUACAUUAUUUCUAUAUGGAGGGUUUUCAAAUGAAACGUCCUUGAUUCAUACAUACGACUCGCAAAAUGAUUUAUGGAGCAUUCCAAACGUCAAAGGUGAUUACGUUAUCAAAAAAAGGAGUUUAACAGGAAUCAUCGAUUAUAAUGGAAAUAUGUAUUUGUUUGGUGGGGCUUCAAGUGAAUUUGGUAUAUUAAAUGAUAUGAUUAUUUUAGACACGAUAAAUUUAAUUUGGAAAUCGGGAAGUCUGAUAAAUGCACCCACCCCAAGAUUUUAUUAUGGUGCAAACUUAUUACCAAAUCAAAACAUCAUCUACUUUGGUGGACAUAACGGCAAAGAGAUCAUUGAAUUAAACGAGAUACAUUUAUAUGAUAUUGUUAAUAACGAUUGGAAUAUAAAAAAAACUUCAGGGUCAUCCCCUUCCAAAAGAUAUUUAUUUUCUACCGUACUCGAUACCAUAAAUUUCGAAUGGUACAUCCCAAACGUUUCUGGUGACAUUCCAGCAAAUCGAUAUGAUCAUAAAUCAAAUGUAAUUGGAAAUUUUAUGGUCAUAUCUUUUGGAUUUGGGUACGAACAAGGAAAAGAAAGUGACCUAUUAUUGCUUGAUAUCAGCAAUAAUGAGGAAUAUAAAUGGUCAAUAAUAUUUGAACCUUCACCUUCAAUUGUUACGCCUACUUCAUCUUUACCAACAUCAACGCAAUCAAAUGACUUUUCUUCAACUAAUCAUAAUAGUAGAAUAGUUUUGCUCGUUGCAAUCCUGUAA